AUGGGCUACAACCCUUUCGACCCCAUUGCUGGAGCAAAGGUCAACGUUCUCUGUGUGCCAGCCGGACAGAUUACGCCAGACCGAUUUCAGAGAUUUGUCAAAACUCUUCAGAAGUCAGCGAUAAUCCCGCUUGAGGACGUCGAGCCUUCGGCGACUGGCAAAGGUACGGGCGAUCAACAACUCAUUGAGCGAGAAGCAUGUUCUAACUAUGGAUCUCCAGAGCGUCAAGAUGGCCAAAUAUUCUACGAUAUUUCAACAUAUCAGGAUGCACGAAGGCCAGAUUUCUUCCCAUUUGACACGAAUAGCCGGAGUCAAAUCCUGUUAGGUCUUAUUGAUGGUCACAGAGUUGAAGGGCUCUCGCAGUCAGCCUCGCUCGACCAAGCGGCUCCGCAUGGUAUUUCCGCUGCACACCAGUCCAUCAAGGAUGCAUUUCUACACCAGUCUCCUUCGAUACCGGGAUUGCUAGUGCGCCAACUCAUCUGGUUUGGUAGCCAACCCCCGACUGAUCUGGGUCAAGAUCCCCUCUUCGUACCAGACGAAGAUAACAGGAACGCCGCUCAUGAUGUCAUGGUCAGUCUAUCGAGAAUGUUCAUGAGUCGUACGACAGACACAAUCGAUGAGCUCAAGAACCAGCCGAUUAGUAUGGUCCCGGGCAUGGUACCAGGAGUCAACUCAUCGCUUCCCUUGAGAGGUGGGCGGACACCGAAUCUUGAAGACGGCAAUUCCAACCCAACAUCGACACGAUCCCCAAACGCAACCCCUGUACUGCAGGAGACUGAAGCACAAAGCGAAACAUCCCGAGGUCGCUUCAACAUCAUCCAGGGCAUGCUUCGGCUACAGAAUGGCCUGUGGACCCACGCACUGGACUGCCUUUCGGAUGGGAUUUCCAUCGCUCAGAAUGGCCACGACCACUUAUGGCAUGGGAAGGCCUUAGAGAGCCUUCUCGUAUGCAUGAUCAUUUUGUCGUGGUCGAACUCUAGCUUUACGAUUCCUCAAGUUUGUCGCUCUCUUCCCAACAGAAACGGCUACCUUCAGACUGAUUCGGGCCCAAAAUCAGCAAAAUCUGGUAAGGCGCUAGCUCAACUGAUGCCGCCAAUGGUUGAGACCAUUCUCGAACUCUAUGCAAAGGUCUCCAACUUGGACCUAGGCGGAUCUUUGCAAGAUGUCUUGAGGGAAGCCCGUGUCAGGCUUGUUAACCUGUUGGUGUGUGUGAAACGGAAUGGAAACAUUUUGAGUCAAGAAUGUCUCAAUCAAAUUGUAACUGGCCAGCGCGGUGUUGCAGAUUCGAGAGAAACUUCAGGCGAACCGGUUGCGAUCUCCAAGGCUGGUAUGGCCAACAUUCUGAUCGAAACACUACAAGCAGCCCAGUCAAGCAACAGUAUUGGACACUAUACGACUAUACUCGUUGCCGUAUCCAGCAGUCUUUCGACCCUGGGACUGGAUCGUAAGCACGCAUUUUAUCUGAAAAUGCUGAUGCAACAACUCGUUCCAAAGCUUAUCGAGGCGAGGAAAGUGGGAGCUUCUGAGGUGGGCGUACAUCCUGCUGCAGGGCUUCCGCCCGUUAGCAAUGCAUCUCAAGGAAUUAUCCCGGAGAUGGCUGCUGGCACGAGGCUUGCGUUGGAUCUUGCUGCUGCUGCGUAUGGAUUGCCGCUUUCUCCCGUCCCAAACCCGCAGGAGGUCAUUCCGGCAAAUCUAGAAGUCAUCCGGGAUAAACUCCAAGCAUGGGCCAUUGAGCAUAGCUUCGGAGACACAUUACUGAAGAUCGAAAUGCUACGAAUCUGUGUAGUGGCCUGCGAUGCCUUGCCCGAUAUACCAGCGAGCUUACACUUUACAUCGAGUAUUCUCCGGACCGCAAAGCAGGUAAUUACCAUGCCCCUCCAGGAACCGUGCCUAGCUAUUCCGCUCAUCACAGCUGAAGAGCAAAGUAAGUUUGUGGAGAGUCUGAAGAGAGCCAUUGCAGCAGCGUCACGCAUUGGGGAGAGUGGCUAUCGCGCGGAGUAUUGGGACGAUUUUCUGGUGCGAGACGUACAGGUGUUCGAGCGCGAUUCUUUCUCGAAACUCAUUCCACAUAAGCCAAGCGAUCUGUCCAUCCAAGGUACCACCAACCUUGCGGAGACCGUACGCGACCCUUUCAUUUACAAUCCGUUCUCGAAGGCCAAGUCAGUGGCUGCUGCGCCAGUAUUGGUUGCCGAGGAACUGGCGACUUUCGCAGUCGUAUUGCAGAACCCACUGGAAGUGGAUGUUGAGAUUGAUCAGAUAGAGCUUAUCACCACAGGCUGCGAAUUCACCGCGUCGAAACACAGCAUAGUGUUAGGGCCUUUCUCGACGCAGACUUUCACGUUGACUGGCAGGCCUUCAGGAAGUGGCGAUCUUGAAGUCAUUGGUUGUCGGGCGAGCAUUCGACACUGCUACCCUCAAGACUUCCUCAUCUUUACUGAUGAUUGGAAGUUGCCGUCUAGUCCCAAGGAUAACGCUGUGGGCAAGAUCAAAACCAGGAGGAAACCCAACGGCGUCCCUGACGAGGACAUUGCCACGGGCACCAACCUCAAACUUCAGACACCAAUCUCGACUUCCUUGAAGUUGCGAGUCAUCAACCCGCAGCCACGGCUGACAAUCCAGCCUACAAACUUCGAUAGUGCAGCUAUGAUGCUUUUAGAAGGCGAGUUGCGCCGCUACGACUUCAAGAUGAUAAACGAAAGCAGCAGAGUCUCAGCCGAUUUUGUACUGGUCACAACGCAGGACUCCGUCACCUCUCGAUUACAGGAUACUUUGGAAAACAAAGACCUCCUUCCUGCUGAUAUCUACGAAAUCCAAACACAACUAGCGACCAACCCGGUUGUGCAAAUUGAAAACAAGGAUCGACCUGACUCAAGCUCAUCUCUCAGCCCUGGUCAGAGUAUAAACUAUACAGUCGCCAUUGUCGGGAGGCCCGGCCUUGUGAGCGCUACUGUCCAAAUGGACUUUGCAUAUCUCGGAGCGCCAUCUUCGGAGGUUAAGGGCAAUUUUUACACUCGACAGGUCCGAUAUCCUAUUUCGGUCACUGUCAAUGGAAGCGUUGAGAUACUCAGGUGCAAUAUCCUUCCGAUCCAUAAUGACUUUUCUUGGAACGACAAACUCCGACAGACCAUUUAUCAGAAUGGGGAUGAAGUUGAUAAAUCUCACAAGAGGAACAUCGCCCACUUUUCCCAUUGGCUUAAGACACAUCAGGAUGCACACGAUCACUGCAUCCUUUCCCUGGAUGUCCGCAACGUAUGGCCGCAACCUCUCAGCAUCCAUAUUCAGGCCAGAAGACCCACCUGGGGAGACACAGCGCCUGACGGGCGAUGGAAUGAAGCUUUUUCCGUACUGGAAACUCUGCAGCCGGGCCACGUCAGCCGCAUCCUUUUGCUCGUCCCGCGUCUGUUCAUCCAAGAUCCCACCGCAUCCAUACCUAACCUCGGCACCCAGAAGCAAUUUGUCGUAUCAAAAUCCAAGGUAAGCGCUGAGACGGAAGCAGCAAGUCGAGAAUCAUUCUGGUACCGCGAAGAGCUAAUAAAGUGCUUGCGGGGUACUUGGAACGAGGAACCAUCGGGACGGAAGGGAACUAUCGACCUCAGAAAGGGCAUCAGACUGAGCUCAAGGAUGGUGGACGCCCUGAAAUCAGACCAUGUUGAGAUCGAAUACGAUCUAUUGCCAGCUGAAAAGUCUGAUGCACAGUCUGCUGAUGAGUCUGCUGAUGGCCAAACCAUUCAGCAGAUAGGGCGAUACCAUUUCGCAAUGAAGACUGAGGUAUUCACAACUUUAUCUGUUAGAGUCCACAACCGCACGCGAGACACGCUAAGGCUUCUUCUCCGACUCCAGCCAAGUCUUCGCAACCAGCCUCAUAAUAUCGCUCUUGACCUAUCGAGGCGAUUGGCGUGGACUGGAGUCCUUCAACGUGCCUUGCAUCCGGCAAUCGAACCUGGAGGCGUCUGCGUCGCUCAGCUCGGGAUAAUAGCGCUGGCACAAGGCGAUUACGAAAUCAAUGCCUCCGUAGAAGAGGUCAAAGGGUUUCGAACAGAUCCACCUACAGUAGGUAGUGGGAGGCGGAUGUGGCAUGCAAGGUCGCCGUGUUUAAUUGAUGCCAUCCACCGGUAG